CAUGUUCAACACAGGGAUUGGGCAGCACAUUUUGAAAAAUCCUCUAAUUGUCAACAGUAUUAUUGAUAAGGCUGCUUUAAGACCAACUGAUGUGGUGCUGGAAGUUGGGCCUGGAACUGGCAACAUGACUGUAAAAUUAUUGGAAAAAGCAAAAAAGGCAAGUGCCCUAACUGCUAAGCCAUCCCUCCAGCCCUCAUUUUUUUUAAAUGUUUUAAUUUACUUGAGAGGCUGAAUGAGUAUAUGGGUACACCACGACUCUUGCUGCUGCGAACCAGCUCCAGAUCUGUUGCUGCCCCGGCCUUUUUUCAGAUGUGCUGUACUUAUGUUUCAAAGAGAAUUUGUUCUCCGCCUAGAUGCAAAACCUGGAGAUAAAUUAUACUGCAGACUCUCGAUUAAUACACAGCUGCUGGCACGAGUGGACCAUCUAAUGAAGGUUGGGAAGAAUAAUUUCAGACCACCACCCAAGGUGGAGUCCAGUGUUAUAAGGAUAGAACCAAAGAACCCACCACCACCUAUCAAUUUUCAGGAAUGGGAUGGUUUAGUAAGAAUCACUUUUGUUCGGAAGAACAAGACACUCUCUGCUGGGUUCAAAUCAAGUGCAGUACAACAGCUGUUGGAAAAAAAUUACAGAAUUCACUGUUCAAUGAACAAUACUACAGUACCCGAAGAUUUCAGCAUAGCAGAUAAAAUACAGCAGAUCCUAACCAGCACAGGUUUUAGUGACAAGCGGGCCCGUUCCAUGGACAUAAAUGACUUUAUCAGUUUGCUACAUGGAUUCAAUGCAGAAGGCAUCCAUUUUUCCUAA